AUGAUUUUCCCGAUAUUCUCGAUAUUCCUUCUGAUUUCGCUAACUUCAUCAACUGAAAUCUACAUUCAAGGUUCAAUGAAAUGCAAUUUGAACUCGGAAUUUCGGGCCAAAAUCGAUCUUAUCGAGGAAGAUGCCACGUAUUUGAGUUCGGAUUUGAUAAAAUCGAAAUUUUUGGGAACAAAAUCGUCGGGUGUUUCGCACAAUUUUAGUAUUAAAGGGACAUUUGAUGGGGGAGAUGGGGUUUUGGUGAGUUUCAGCAUUUUCAGCGCAAAAUUUGAGUCUAGAAAAAUAUUUUCAGGGUUCUGGAAGGUCUAGUGAAAUUGUUCUGAUCCAUUUCAAAAAGCCUCCAAGAGGUCCUAAAAAUUGUCAGAAAAUUGUUCUAGGCUGAAAUUUUGCGCUGAAAACGCUGGACACGCUGAAAAUAGUCGAUUCCAGCAUUUUCAGCACAAAAUUUCAGUCUAGAACAAUAAUUUCAGAGUUCCGGAAGCUGUAGUGAAAUUGUUAGGAUCCAUUUCAAAAAGCCUCCAGGGACUCUAAAAAUUGUCAGAAAAUUGUUCUAGGCUGAAAUUUUGCGCUGAAAACGCUGAAACUCACUAAAAACCUCCCAGUUUUUCCUAGGACAACGAAUACGAGCCAGUUUUGAUAAUCCAUCACAAUUGUAUGGAUAAUCCAGACGGUUUUGGCAAUGUGUAUCGACGUUUCAAAACGGUGCCAAUUUGGACACCGUCUGCAAAUUUUACUGGAUUGAGUUUCAAAUUGGACAAUCGUCUCGAUGAGAACCUGCCACAAUAA